GGUGUCGUCGACGGCUCACAUGAGCUCUCUUGUGGUCCAGGCUGAAGUCUACCACAAGACUACUACACAGAUGUCUUACUCGGUCUCUUCAGCAUUAGCUGGUCUAAUUGCCGGACCGCUCAUUUUCGUGCCAUUGGCACAAGUGAUUGGCACCAGCUCGUGCAUCUUCUGGAGUCUGCUGGGUUCCUUUGCCUGCUGUAUCUGGUCAGCUACUUGCACUGGCCAGGGCGACUACAUGUCUUUUACCAUUUCUCGAUUGAUUGGCGGUCUCUUUGCUUCCAUCCCGCAGUGCUUGGGCAAUGGCGCCAUUGUCAACCUAUUUUUCCUGCACCAGCGUGGCAAGGCUUUUGCCAUUUUCUCCACCUGCUUUACUCUCGGAACGGUAGCUGGACCUACCUUUUCCGGCUUCAUCAUUUCUCAUCAGUCUUUUGCCGUUGAAUACUGGUGGAUUGUGGCUCUUCUUGGCAUCUGCGCCGUCUUGGUCUUCUUCUUCCUCGAAGAAACUGGCUUCAACCGCGAUCGCACCGCCGCUUAUCCUCACGUCCCUGAAAGCUUUAUCCCCAAGAAAAUUGCCACUUUCUUUCCCGGUACCCAGGUCGUGCCUCAUAUUACCGGCCAGCAGUUGACCAGAUUCAUCGUCGCUCCUUACCUCAUCGGCUUUUCUCCUGCCGGUAUUUGCGUCGGCAUCUUCGGAAUGACUCUCUUCGGUUUCUUUAUCCUGAUCAACUCCCAAUUGGCUAUUUUCCUACAACCUCCCGUCAUUGCCGGUGGUUACGGCUUUACUCCCCAGCGUAACGCCGCAUUCCUCUUCUGCAUCUGGUUCGGCAUUCUCUGCGCGCAAGCAUCCGCCCACUUCCUCAACGACCGGCUGCCCAUGUGGUUCUGCAAACGCCGCGGCGGCGUCUGGAAGCCCGAAUACCGUCUCCAAACCCUCUGGCUGACCGGCGUCAUCCUCAUGCCCGUCGGCCUCGGCAUCUUCGGCGCCUGCCUGCAGUACCACGAGCACUACAUGGUCCUCGCCCUCGCGUCAUUCCUCAUCGCCUACGCCGCCUGCUCCUCCGUCGCCGUCCCCAUCAAUUACCUCGUCGAGUCCUUUGCGGGCAACCCGCAGGAAGUCGGCACCGUCAUGAACGGCUACCGUCUCGCCCUCGGCCUCGCGAUCAACUUCUUCACCGAGCCCUGGGAGAAGAGCGUCGGCAUUGGCUGGGUCUUUGGCAUGGCUGCCUUUUUCUCCCUCGGAAGCUUCCUCCUCGUCAUCCUCCUCAUGUGGAAGGGCCAUGUCAUUCGCCAGUGGAGCUAUGGCGGCAUUGGCAAGACUGAUGACGGCGCGAAAGUCGUGGAUGCCAAGACUGCGGGUGAUGCUUAGAUUUGUGGGUCGUUUACUGUCUCAGCUGUUGCAUCUUCUUUAUGUCGUCCCGCCUUUACAUCGUCUUCCUCUUCGUCUUCGUCUUCUGCCUGUCGGUCGUUGUGCCAUCUCUGUGCAACCUAUUCUAUCGUAGCAGGGGAAGGGGAAAGGGAAGGGGAAAAAAAGUAACAAAACAAAAAGAAGCGUGAUACCCACCGAUAUACCACACCUAUUUUACUUUAUUUUUUUUCAAGAUAUAGGUAUCCGUAUAUACACAUGUUAUUCUUCAGUUUUUCGGUUUUUUUAUAUUAGAUUAUGGGUGGCCAUCUCUCUUACUCUUGUUAUUUAUGUAAGCAAUUACCUUAUAGAAUACAGUCGUUAUUACAUACUUUCUCUGCGCA